AUGGCUACCGUCAACAUUCGUCGCGAUGUCACCGAUCCUUUCUACCGUUACAAGAUGGAGCGCCUCCAGUCCAAGAUUGAAGGCAAGGGUAACGGUAUCAAGACUGUGGUCGUCAACCUGAACUCUGUCGCUCAGUCUUUGAGCCGUCCUCCCUCUUAUGUGAUCAAGUACUUCGGAUUUGAACUCGGUGCUCAGGCUAACGCCAAGCCCACCGAUGAUCGCUGGAUUAUCAACGGCGCCCACGAUGCUGCCAAGCUUCAGGAUUACCUCGAUGGCUUCAUCUCCAAGUUCGUGCUUUGCAAGAAAUGUAAGAAUCCUGAAACGGAUGUCAUCAUCAAGGAUGAUAAGAUCAUCCUUGACUGCAAGGCCUGUGGUCAGCGCACCGAUGUUGAUCCCCGUUUGAAGCUGAGCACCUUCAUUAUCCGCGACCGUGCUUCUACCAAGGGAGGGAAGAAGGACAAGGCCGCCAGAAGAGCUCGCAAGAACAAGAAGGCCGAGGAGGGAGCCAACGGUGACAAGGAUGUCAGCCCUGGAGAUAGCAACUCCGACAACGGUUCAGGCGAGGAUCUUGCUUUGGAAGCCAACAGCGACGAUGAACUCACCCGCCGUAUUAAGGCCGAGGCUGAGGCCCUCGCGGCCGAGAAAGACAUUGAAGACGACGAAUGGGCUGUGGACGUUUCUGAGGAGGCCGUCAAGGCUCGUGCCAAGGAACUUCCCGAUGACCUGAAGCGUUCUCUCGUCCUUGAGGACGGCGAUGAAGACGGAGAGGCUGAUGGACCGUCUGCCUACGAUUUGCUUGGCAGCUGGAUUCUCGAGACCGCAUCUGAAAAGGGCGACAUCACUGCCGUUAGCGACGUCGAUAUCUACAUGAAGGCCAAGGAGUUCGGCAUUGAGAACAAGCACAAGACUGUUGCUGUCCUUGCCCAGACCAUCUUCAACGAGAAGAUUGUCAAGCAGAUUCCCGCCCGCGCUGCUUUCCUGAAGAAGAUGAUCACUUCUGAGCGCCACGAGAAGGCCUUCCUCGGCGGUACCGAGCGUUUUCUUGGCAAGGAUCACCCUGAGCUGAUCUCUCUGGUUCCCGCCGUCCUCCUGGGUUAUUACCAGCACGAUCUUGUCUCCGAGGAUGUGCUGAAGGCAUGGGGUUCCAAGGCCAGCAAGAAGUACGUCGACCUCUCCACCAGCAAGAAGGUUCGCAAGGCUGCUGAGCCCUUCCUUGACUGGCUCGAGAAUGCUGAGAGCGAUGACGAGGAAAGCGAGGAUGACGAGUAG